AUGUCAGAGUUGGAAACUACUGAUAAUUUUCGUAGCUUUGUUAAUGGUGAUGGUGCCAAUGAUGAUGGAGAUUAUGAAAAUGAUGACAACUACCAAGAUGAUGUCGGAGUACAAGGUGAGGAGGAGGUGGAUUCGGAGUUACAGAAUGAGGAUGAUGGAGAUUAUGAUGAAUUUUGGAUUCCAGGUUUGUCGAAAGAAGAAUGUAUAAGUAUUGAUAGCAUGGUAGAUAUUAGACAGUUUGACAUGAAAGAAAUUACCGAUGAAGUUGUCCGCAGGUUGGAUUUUGGUGAUUUGGAGUUAGCGUAUCAAUUUUAUUGUUGGUAUGCUAAAAUGAGUGGUUUUUCCGAAAGUUACAACCUCCGAUACAAGGAUACGAAAAGAAAAAAAAAGAAAGCAGGUGUGGUUGUGAAGCAAUGUUUCGUGUUCAUGUGCAUUUUUCGACAGAUCGAUGGACAUAGGAAGAUGUCGGCAUCUGAUAUUAUACAAGUUGAAAAUUAUAGGAAAGUUGGCAUUAGACCUCCGCACAUGUACGCAGCAUUUGCCAAUCAAUGUGGUGGAUAUGAGAAGGUGGGGUUUAUCAGGAAAGAUAUUUACAAUGAAGAAGGGCGCAUGAGGAGGCAACAUAGUUUAGAUGCAAGGGGUGCAUUGAAGUAUUUAUAUGAUUUACGCAAGAAAGAGCCAAUGAUGUAUGUUUCAUGCACCUCGGAUGAAGAGUCAAGACUACAACGGUUGUUUUGGUCUGAUACUGAGAGCCAAUUGCUUUAUCAGGUAUUUCGUGACGUUCUGGCAUUUGAUGCCACUUACAAGAAAAAUAAGUAUUUGUGCCCUUUUGUUGUUUUCUCUGGUGUGAACCACCAUAAUCAGACAAUAGUUUUUGCUGCUGCUAUUGUGACUGAUGAGACGGAAGAAACAUAUGUUUGGUUGUUAGAACAGUUGUUGGUAGCAAUGAAAGGAAAAGCUCCCUGUUCAAUAAUAACUAAUGGAGAUCUGGCUAUGAGGAAUGCUAUAACAAGAGUCAUGCCAGGUGUUUCUCACAAAUUGUGUGCGUGGCACUUAUUGCGUAAUGCAUUGAGCCAUGUCCGAGACAAACAUGUUUUGAAAUGGUUGAAGAAACUAAUGCUUGGUCAUUUUGAAGUGGUGGAAUUCGAAGAAAAAUGGAAAGAGAUGGUUGCUACGUUUGAAUUGGAAGACAAUAGUUGGAUUGCUGAACUUUAUGAAAGACGGAUGAAGUGGUCUAGUGCCCAUUUGAGGGGUCGUUUUUUUGCGGGCAUACGGACAACAUCUCGUUGUGAGGCUUUCCAUGCACAUGUUGCAAAAUAUGUUCAUUCACGCACCAAUUUAACCGAUUUUGUAGAACAAUUUCAAAGGUGCCUGACAUAUUUUCGAUAUAGAGCGGUUGUGGCAGAUUAUUCGUCAACAUACGGGAAAGAAGUUUUGCAAACAAAUCUUCGAUCUCUUGAGCGGUCUGGUGAUGAAUUGUUUACAAAGGAGAUGUUUCAACUUUUUCAGUCUUAUCUAUGUAGGACUAUUAAGCUAAGAGUCGUUGAUUGCAAAGAGAUGGCCACGUUUUCAAUUUUCACAGUUGUCAAGUAUUGUAGUGGAAGUGUUUGGCGUGUGUCGUAUUGCCCAUCAACGGUUGAGUUUACAUGUACUUGUAUGAGAAUGCAAUCCAUUGGUCUUCCAUGUGAUCACAUAUUGGCCGUGUUGGUUUCUUUAAAUUUUAUGGAGUUGCCAAGUAGUUUGGUUUUGAAUAGGUGGUCCAAACUUGCCACCGAACAGAUUAAAGACAAAUAUUCGGAUUCCGCAAUGUAUUGGGAUUCGCAAUUGAUGGCCAGGUAUGCCACUUUGGUUGAAGUUUCUAGAGAAGUUUGUGCAGCCGCAUACCGUGAUGAAGAGGAGUAUGACAAAAUGUUGCAUUUCCUAUCCAAUGAGGCUACAAGGCUGAAGUCGAAGCAAAACAGCGAACAUUGUGUUGAUGAUAAUCAGACGCACCAACAAGAUGAUGAUUUUGCAGGUAUUUUAGACCCUGUUGUGGUUCGAAGUAAAGGAUGCGGACAGGUCGGAAUGGAUGAAAGUGGCAGACAAAGGAGAAUCCAAAAGUGUCGGCAAUGUGGUGGAAUUGGCCACAACAAGCGUUCUUGCACCAACCGUCCUCGAAAUGUAAAUGGUUGUAAUGAUUACAAUUUGUAUUUUGUUAAUGUUGGACAAAAUGCAGAAGCCGCAGACACAGUCAUUUGUUGCUGGGGUGGACUACUCUGGUCUCGAGGACCAGAACCUCCUAUGAAGAGGAAGAAGGAGAAGCUAGAGGAUUAUUGA